AGAUUUUCCAUGACCUGUGCGCAGCCUAUUUCACCGGUGUCACACACUGAUAGGAAGUCGAAGGCAAAUCAAUUACGUUUUUCUUUCUUACGCCGGUGUCUCAACUCUUCCUUUGGCUGUAUUAUGCUUUAAUGUGUUAGUCCACAAUCGGCAAGAUUCCGGGGAAAAACAGUAAGGAGAACGGUUGUGGAGCUUCUGUUCAGCUUCUGUACUUGCCAUUUACGCACGGCCAAAGCUCUCUAUUCAUCACCAGGCACCAGGUGGUAGUUGGGGCUUAAAGACGAAGGAAAAGAUGGAACUUCUGCAGCAGCUAACGCAAGACGUGAUGAAAUAUCGCUUUACUUUUUGACUAGGCACAAAAGUCCUCUCCAAAAAGCUUAGUAGUGGCGGCUGUUCUGGUCUUUAUUACAUAGAAAAUCCCGAAGGCUUCUGCCGUUUCAAGCGGAAAUUCAACUUCAACGCAGAGCCACCGUGGGAUCCCAGCUAGCAUCGGCUGAGUGCAGGUGUUCCUAUUGGCCAGAUUGUUUGUAUUAUUACUUGAUCACUCCUCUCUAUGCCGCUUGAAGAUUCCUCCGAAAUUAUGAGACGCCAAAUGAACAUCGUAGUCCCAGAACUGCUUCCCAAUCCUUCCCACAAGGAGCUUGUAGCUCAACUGAUAGAAGAUCGCAAAAAAACGGGAUGUGAAGAUGCUUUCACCAUUUGCAACAUUGGUGAUAUUAUUGAAAAGUAUUGUAACUGGAAUGUCAAACUACCAAGAAUCAAGCCAUUUUAUGCUGUUAAGUGCAAUGAUGAUCCUGUGGUUCUGAAGACCUUGGUCAGCCUUGGAACAGGAUUUGAUUGUGCCAGUAUGACUGAAAUCUCGAAAAUCUUGAAACUCGGUGUAUCUAGUGACAACAUUAUUUAUGCCAACCCAUGCAAGCAAAAAUCAUUCAUAAGAUAUGCUGCAAAGAAUAAUGUCUCUUUGAUGACAUUUGACAAUGAAACAGAACUGUACAAGAUUAAAGAACUCUAUCCAGAUGCCAAAUUGGUUAUCAGGAUCCUUCCUCCAAGUGACUAUAAGGUUCAGUGUGAACUAAGCCUGAAGUUUGGAUGCCUGCUGAAAACAGUGCCAUCUCUACUGAAGAGAGCAAAAGACCUUGACUUAAAAGUCGUUGGUGUCAGCUUCCAUGUUGGCAGUGGAUGUCAAGAAGCAGCAGCCUAUGAAGUUGCUAUCCGAGAUGCACGCCAUGUCUUUGAUGUUGCUGAAAAGUUUGGCUACAAUUUAACACUCUUAGAUAUAGGAGGAGGCUUUCCUGGACAUGAAAUUCCGGAAAUAACCUUUGACGAGAUUGCUGAAGUUAUAAAUGAGUCACUGGAUAUUUACUUCCCUCCUUCAUGUGGGGUGGACAUCAUCGCUGAACCAGGCCGGUACUUUGUAUCUUCAGCAUAUACCCUUGGAGUGAAUAUCAUAGCUAUGAGGGUAACAAGUAGAGAUGAGAAUGCGCUUGGUGCAGACAGGGAGCCGGAUGCAAAUGACGAACCCCAUUUCAUGUACUAUGUCAAUGAUGGUGUUUAUGGCUCCUUCAACUGUAUCUUGCUGGACCAUGCCAAAGUGUUUCCGAGUGUAAUCCAGGUUUGUUCAUCAUGGAACAAGGAUAAGGACCUGUCUGAUGUCGAUAUGUUGUACAGCUCUAGUGUUUGGGGCCCUACUUGUGAUGGCUUGGACUGUAUCCUGACGGACUGUCAGCUUCCAGCUAUGAAAGUUGGUGAUUGGCUUUACUUUGAGAAUAUGGGAGCAUACACUUUCUGUGUGUCUUCUCAAUUCAAUGGUAUGCCUGAACCAAUACACUACUACUACUGCGAUCGAGAGAUUUGGAACAGAUUCGAUUGGAAGGAGCAGAACUGUGACUUGAAAAGUCGUCGUGUCACUAAUUUUGAGGAUGAUUUAGCAUCAUUAGAGAUUUCAAAUAUCUAAACUUGACCUCUGAUUACCUCUUACAAGUUCAUUGGACACUCCAUUUGCAGACGCUAAUAGUUAGAAUCAGUUUAUAACUGAGUCGAUUAUUUAAAUAUAUCAAACUUCUUUUACGUUUUCCUAUAUUUUUUCCCUUGUUUUUACAACUCUUGAACUGCCUCUGUGUCAACCUCAAAAAAUAGAUCGGCAUAAGGGAGAUAACUUAGAUUAUUUAAAUAUUCCUUCACUAAAUAUUUUAGUUUGAAUUUAAUCUUUGGUUAAUCAACAUUUUGUUUCUGUUUUUUUUUUUUUUUUUUUUUUAUUUAAUUUAAUAAAAUGACUCUUGUAAUUAAAAAAAAAAGACAGAAAAAUUUUGUGGGAAGGCUUUAGGAUAACUUGCACGCUAACAUUCUCUGUAAAUCUUAACAGCUUCUAGAUAUUUUCCCUAGUAUAUUUUUUUUUAUGGCAUAUUUUAUGCCAGCAAUAUUUGGCUGUUACAAACACUAAACAAACUUUUUCCCCUUUAAAUCUUUUUUCUUUCCCCUUUUCUCUAUGCAGCAACUUUUAUCAUUAAAACAUUGAUCCUGUCAGCCUUUAUUAGCUGCCAGCUUUUACAUUAGGCAUUUUAACUUCUAGCUAUAGAUCUCCAUCCCCCAUUAUUUUAUCAUUCGACUCUUUUAGACAUUGUCGAAUUGAUUAUUCUCCCUCUUUCUUUGUGUAUAUAUAUAUACAUAUUUCACUUUUUCCCCUCUCGCCCAUCCCUCAAAAUUCCCUUUAUAAAAAGCAAACCGUUUACUUCAGAAACAUUUUAUCUCUCAAAAUAUUAUCAGUUGAUUUUCUUCUCAAUGGUUCCUACUGGAACCAUUAGCAGUUAUUUACCUUUUUCUAAAUUCUGCUGGAUUAAAAGAAUGAUAAUACUUUAUUACUUCACUCUGCUUUUACCAAAGAAUUGUACUUUCAACAGUUCUUAAAUUAUAUAUAUAUUUAUUUUUUAAGUAGUUGGCAUAUUGGAAUUGUUCCUGCCAAUUUUGUAUAUGAAGAACAUAUUGUCUUUGUACAUAUUAUUUAAUUGCAUUUAUUUAAAGCAUCAUAAUAUCAUUCUCUUAAUUUCUAACAUUUUUUUAAUUAAACUUUAAUUACAUGGACAAUCUAAAAUUUUUAAUUCUUUUGUUCUGAACUUCAAAAUCUAUUCUUCAUAUGUUUGACUAACAAAUUAGAAUAAAUAUAAAAAAAUAUUUACUAUAUAUAUAUAUAUAUAUAUAUAUAUAUAUGUAUAUACAUGCAUACACACAUAUAUCAACUAAAUGACUGAAUGCCAUUUAUAAUGUGAUGUGCAUGGUGAACAUGUAAAGUGCAUAGACAGCAGCUGUACUUAUAUGCUGAUAAUCUAGGGCAGAAACACUAUCUGUGGUAAAAUGGAAUAUAUUUAAAAGCAAAGUAGAAUCAUAUUUUUACUUUGCUAUUCAUUCAUGUUUAUUUAUCUUCUCAAUGCUAGAAAUAUUUUUUUGAAAACUCUUAACCCCAUAUCUUAGUCUUAACUGCAGCUUGAAACUACUAUGCUCAGUUAAAAUAUAUCAUUUAAUGCUCAACUGGUUAUUUUCUCAAACAUGAAACUUAAUCUAGUUUCCAGUAAAAUUGUAUCUAGAAAAUUCAAAGCUAAUCCUUUGCAGAUUUGCUUCAUUUUUAUUUUCAAUAAGAAGCCUAACUUUGUGGAUAAACUUAAUUUGUUAGUUCUCAAGCAAAUUUUAUUUAUAUGAGAACUUUUUUUUUUCUAAAUUAUAUGAACACUUCAACCACAAUUUCUGCCAUGAUAUAAUUACCUUUCACUAAUUUUUUUUUUUCCCUAAAGGUUAACUAAAUUAGUUUCAUAGUUUCUCAGUCUUACCAGAAUAGUGCAACUUCCUCAUUACAACAGAGCUUUCUAUCUAUUUAUUUAUUAAUCCUUGAGUCAUGGAUUUUUCCAGUGUGCAAGUUUCUCCCUUGCUUCUCACAAACUUCAUCUAAAAUUAUUUCUUCUAUUUUAUUUAUUGCAUUUUGAUUAGUCUAAUAAUCUCUGUAACAAGGUGGUCAGAGGGGAUUAGAUUGGUGACCAUACAAACUUUGGGAACACCUGCUGUCCAGACACCUACUGGUCAAAAUUUCAUCAUGGAACACACACUCUUACUGCGGGUAACUGCAGUUGAAAUAUGUGUAUCCUUGAAGAAAUAAAACUUUCAAAAAAUA